CUAAUUUUUAACACCACCGAAGACGCAGCUCCAAGUCAAGCAAACACCAGAGCGAGACGAGAGACCUUUUGUGAGGGAAACCCACCAAAAACAUGGCAGCACACGGUGGUUCCGGCGCGUCGGCCACCCAGUACGACGUGUUCCUGAGCUUCAGAGGGCCCGACACCCGCGACACCUUCACCGACUGCCUCUACCGGACCAUGGUCGGCCAGGGGAUCGUCGCCUACAGAGACAGCGAAGACCUUCACGCCGGUGAUCGGAUCGACGAUCUCCUGACAGCGGUCGGCGACUCCAAGAUCUGCAUUCCGGUCCUCUCCAGAGGCUAUGCUUCGAGCGCUUGGUGCCUCCGCGAGCUCGCUUGUGUGACGGAGCUCAACGAAUCGACCGGGAAGCCGGAGAUCCUGCCCAUCUUCUUUGACGUCACGCCCUCCGACGUCAAGCUCAAGACGAAACUGUACGUGGAGGACUUGGAGAAGCACGAGCAGAGGCCCGGCGGCGAGAGCAGGGAACGGUGGGAGGCGGCUCUGAGAAAAGUGGGUGAGAUCAAGGGAUGGGAAGUCCAAGGGAAAGCACACGGUGAAGUCAUUGAUCUCGUUGUGAAAGAGGUUCUGCUUAAGCUGAAAGUAAAACAAAGACCUAUGGACAGCAAAUUGGUUGGGGUAGACGAACAAGUAGAAGCCAUAAUGGAGUUGUUAGAUGUUGACUCUGACACUAGUGUGCGUUUCGUUGGAAUCCAUGGAAUGGGUGGCAUCGGUAAGACUACUCUUGCUACGGUUGUUUUCAAUGAAUUAUGUCCUUGCUUUGAUGGCAAAUGCAGCUUCAUUGGGAACAUCCGAGAAUCAUCAAACAGAAAUGGCCUAGUAGAUCUGCAGAAACAGUUGGCAUCAGACAUCUUUGAUUCCAGAUUUGUCGAAAAAUUUAUCAACGCUGAUGAAGGGAUGGAUAGCAUAAGAAGGAGAUCUGGUUCUAAGAAAGUUCUCAUUGUUCUAGACGAUCUAGACAAGAAAGAACAACUUAAGAAAUUAGUGGGGGGGCCUGAAACUUUUGGUCUUGGUAGUAAGAUUAUCAUUACAACAAGGGAUAAACGGAUUCUAGAUGAAGAGAAGGGAAUCUUAGCUUAUGAAGUAAAGCAAAUGGAUCAUGAUAAAGCACUAGAGCUUUUCAGUCUGCAUGCCUUUAAUGAUGUCUCUCCUCCCUAUGCUCUUCAGAUUCUCUCUCGAGAAGUUGUAUCUAUAACUGGGGGACUCCCAUUGGCUCUUGAAGUCAUAGGUUCCUAUCUUCGUCACCAAAAAGUGGAAAUAUGGAAAGAAAUGCUAAAAAGGUUGAAGAAAGUACCUCAUAAUGAAGUCCAGGAUAAGUUGAGGAUAAGUUACAAUGCAUUAGGAGAUGUGGAAAAAGAAAUUUUUCUCGAUAUCGCAUGCUUUUUCAUAGAUGAAGAGAAAUCAUGGGCAACCUAUUUCUGGGAUGCUUGCGAUCUAUACCCACAUAGCUCAUUGAAAAAACUUAUUGAUUUGUGUCUAAUUAAAAUUGUUCGUGGUGAUGCUAUAUGGAUGCAUGAUCAGCUGAGAGACCUUGGAAGGGACAUCGUUCGCCAAGAAUGUAUUGGGAAUAUGAUAGGGCGCAGUAGGUCAUGGAAUGGCGAAGAAGCUCUGAAAGUAGUAAGAUCAAAAGAGAGAAAGGAUAAAGUUCAAGCGCUUAGUCUGGUUGGACAUCGUUCAAAUCCCAUCAGCAUUGUGGAUGAAGAACUUGAGAGGAUGCCUAGUCUGAAAUUCCUCAAGUUAAGAGCAGGGACUUUUGUUGGAGACGUCAACAAUUAUCUCCUGGAGCUAAGAUGGCUCUCUUGGGGUUAUCCUCCUCUAGAUUGUAGAAUGGCCAAUAUGCACUUGAAGAAUCUAGUUGUUUUCAUACUUUCAGACAAUAAAAACACCGAAAACUGGGGUGGAUGGAACAUUUUGAAGAUGGCAAACAAAUUGAAAGUUCUUUCUCUCUCAAGAUGUAAUAUAUUGAAACGGACUCCAGACUUUUCUGGAUGCUUGAGUUUGGAGAGGCUGUCUCUUGAUGACUGUCUAAACUUGCAAGAAGUUGACUACUCUAUUGGGAUGCUGAAAGGUCUUACUCACUUGGACAUUACUUGUUGUCUACGUCUUCGAAAUUUGCCCGAAGAGAUUGGAGGACUGGUGAAUCUGAAGCACUUCUCUAUUAAAAAGUGCGACAAAAUGGAGAAACUUCCAUACUCUAUUGGGAAAUUAGUAUCAUUGUAUGAGUUGGAUAUAUCAUACACGGAAAUUACAAGUUUAUCUGAUUCUAUUGGUAAUGCAAAACACCUGUCAUUCCUUGAUCUAUCAUACACGUCAAUUGUGGAACUUCCAAUUUCUAUUGGAGAGCUUACGCAACUCAAGUUCCUUUCACUCCAUCAAUGUAGAAAUUUGGGGGAGCUUCCAGAAUCAAUAGGCAAUCUGAGAUCGUUACAGACGUUGCAACUCUCAGGGACAAACAUUGUUGAGUUACCUGAUUCGAUAAAAAAUCUCAAGCAAUUGAAGGUGAUGAGUAUGGGAAAUAGUCCAAUAAGGAUGUUACCUGCCAGUAUUGGAAUGCUAGAGAGGUUGGAAAAGCUCGAUGCCCAAGGCUGUGAACAACUUGCAGGCGAACUUACCACUGAAAUUGGUAAACUAUUGUCUCUAAGUAUCCUAGACAUAUCAUACACUCGUGUUCGUGUAGUGCCAACGGCAAUCAAUUCCCUCACACAACUCCAAGAGCUAUAUUUAACGGAUUGUAAUGAGCUUCAAGAGUUGCCUAAACUUCCCCCGAGUUUGAAUUAUCUAAGUGUUCAAUCGACAUCAUUGAAAUUAGUUCCGGAUCUCAGUAACCUCACAAAUCUAGUGAAAUUGCAUCUGUCUAACGGCUCUGGACAAGCACUUGCUCAGGCAUCAAACCCAAUGCAAACUCUUCAAUUGCAAUGGAUGGGAAAGUUAUCUAAGCUGGAGAACUUGAGCUGGGGCCUUUCAGAUGUUCCUGUGCCAUUAGCGGAGUUGGGUUGCCUACCUCGACUUAGAGAACUCACUUUUUCUUGCAUGGACACUUUCGACUCAGUCAUCAUUGGACCACAAUUUUCCAACUUGAAAUAUUUGUCCAGAUUGAAUCUUUAUCGCUCUCCAUUGAGGGAAAUUCAACUCGAUGGGCUUGAACUGUUGAGAGUUUUGAAUGUGAGAGAUUGCGAGUUUCUUGAGAGAUUGUCAGUUUUUUCAUCAAGCUUGAGGAAGCUCUGUGAAAUGGAAGUUUUACAUUGCCCAGAGCUACUUGAAAUUCGAUUUCUGAAUACAAUGGAAUCACUGGAGAAACUUUAUGUUAGACGCGGCAAUUCCCUAGGAGAAUUGUAUGGUUUAUCAAACUCGAAGAAGCUGAAGACUUUAGGGUUAGAAAUGUGCAAUGGGCUAAGAGUUAUUGAGGGCCUUGAAGAAUUGGAGCUUUUGGAUUUUCUAUUUUUGGUCGGGUGUAGAUCGUUGGAAAUGUUGACUGAUGUAUCCGAUUCGAAGAUACCAAAUGAAUGCAGGAUACGUGUAUGGUAUUGCGCGAAUUUACCAGAUACUAAUGGCCGUUGUUUCAGUUACAGGGAUUACAGAGAGAUGAUUCUUGACAGGACGAGGAAGACUUUCAAUGAGGAGGAUGAAAUGGAGAAACAUUUGGAAGAUUCAACGAUGGAGUACGACAGCAAUGAUUGUUCCAUAUUAGAAUGUAUCUGCAAGCCCCUACGGUUUUUUCAAGUGAAAGUCUUCGGAGGCAUACAGAAAAAGUACAUUGUCUUGCAGGAUAAUGCAGACGUGGAGUCAGGAAAAACUGAAUGGAUCUCUAUGCAUUAUGUUUAAGGGUAUAAAAGUUAAUCGAUGGCUCCAAGAGAAUACUUGCAGUCUUCUUGAUAAACUCAAGUGCACUGUGGUUGAGGGACAAGUUUCCGGGAAACAGGAAUGCAGUUUGCAUAUGGAUCUUCUCUGCUUUGAGGAUUUACUAACUGUCCAUUGAUUGAGGUGUACCCAGUGUAUCUUUGGAUGUUUGCUAACACGUUAUUAUCGUGCGACUUGGAUAGCAUUGCACCGGCAGGGUCUUUCGAGACUGAGCGGGGAAAGAGGUUUCUGACAAAUCCUGCCAAGUCACCCAUAAGUCGAUCCCACAGGAAGACUCUGAUUGAAGCUACAUUUAUCGAGUUUGGCAAACCAUCGUAAUCAGAUUCUCUUUCUGGCUGGUUCAAAGUUGCAAUAGAACUUUUAGAGUCUUCUUGGCUGAAUAAUAUAGACAAUCACUAGAAACGGGCAAGUUUCUUGAAACAAAAAAAUGAUCACUAGAUAACAGAUGGUAUGUUUGUGAACGCGCUGACACCUCGAUCUAUAGAAGUUUACCUGAUGCCGACAGUAUUGAGUUUGGAAA